CAUGAUGUUGACUCAAGAGCGGGACUGACCCACGUGCUUUUUAUAGAGGAGCGAAAACGGCCCAAUUGGUCACUUCCUGGAUGUGAGAGCAGACGAGGAAACAGAGUAACGGUAGGCUACUGCAGCGCUUUUACUUGUGACGGUUCAGUAUCGUUCUGAAACAAUGAACAACGCUGGACUUUAACUCUUGGAUUACAGUUGCAGGAGUUCAAAAAUAACCACUCUGAAGAAUGACAUGUUUUCACGAAAGUUAGAAGAUGCAUUUCCUUUCAAGAAGCUCACAUUAAUCGAGAAAUGUGUUUUUUCCUAGACGCACAGUGAAGGAUGCAAGGUGCUAUUGUACGAGUUUGCAUGGUGGUAGUAGCCGCUAUCCUCAACCACCCGCUGCUCUUCCCUAAUGAAAACACCACCAUCCCUGAGCAAGAUGACGAGCUCCUGACCCGGAUGAAGGAGCACCAGGAGAAGCUGGAGGCCGAACAGAAGCGCCUGGAACAGGAGAUCUCACAAACAGAAACAGCUCUGAUUGAUGAUGAUCAGGACAGUUACAGCUGGUACUUUUGGAGCACUCUCUGCCUAGUCAUUUUCUUAACAAUUGAGGUGUGCAGGCAGGAUAUGAUCCCUAUUGAAAUGCCAGACUCCAUGGAAGAUGAAGUUGGAGAUUCCAGUGCCGAAUAUCUCAGCGCCAAGACUGUAGCCCUAGAUAAAGGUGUCCUAAGUAACUUCUGCAAGACCCGCUUCCAUCCUUUCAUCCACGAGAGCAGGAGAGUGCGAGAGUUUAUCGAGGGCUUUGCGGAUGAUCUGCUCGAGGCUUUGAGAAGUGUUUGCGAUCGAGAUUCUGACCUGGAAGUCGAGGACUUUGUUGGCAUAGGCAGCAUGUUUGAGUCCUGGAGGGUGUCUAAACCUCCUACAUGUGACCUCAUUGUGCCUUUUGCUCCUCCACGGCCAUUCAGGUUCCAGUUUCAGCUCGGGUGCGACCCCUCCACUGAAAUUCCACUGGAUUUGCAAGGAUGUGGAAGGAUUAAACUAAUAAAACCAGGUGGAAAUGGCACAGACUGUCUUUGUGGCUCAACCAAUCUGGGUGAUGAUAUGCUGUGUCUGCUUCACAAUAGAAAUGAGAGUGAAAGGCUUGAGGAACACACACUGGUGGAGCUCCUCUGUGAGAAGAACACCUCGUAUUUGUCGAAAGAUCAGAUCAUGAGAUGGUUCCAGAUCUCAGUGAGCAAAGCAUGGGGCCAGAUCUCUCAUAAGUACGAUUUUGAGCUGGCAUUUCGAAACCUAGACUUCCCUGGAGCUCUGAAAAUCAGAUUUAGGUCUGGAAAGACCGUCACUCUUAACAUUACCCCUGCCGUUCAGUUUGAGGACACGGAUGCUUACCUCAUCUCUCAUUUCCCAUCUGACACUAGUAACUCCUCAGACAUUCACUGGCAACUCUCACUAACUGUUUAUGAAAAGAACCUGCUUAAACAUCUAGCAAAACGACUUCCUACUAAUUCGUGUCAUGUUCACUGUCUUCAGAUAGUUUCUUUCUUGCACAAAAAGCAGACAGCUUUGACUGGGAGAAGCGCCUUUUCUAAUUACCAUAUAAAGACAGCGCUUUUGCAUCUGCUGUUGAGUAAACGUCCUGCGAUGUGGCAGCCGCAGAAUCUCGAUCACAGAUUACGAGAUCUGCUCAGCUUCCUGCAGCAAAGCCUGGAGGAAAAGAGACUCUAUCACAUUGUUGUUGGGAACCCUAGCAUCCCAGUGGAAAUUCUGGUUCCCAAAAUAAUCCGUACUGCAGAACCGAUAAACCUGUUUAGGCCUCUUGUAUUGCAGAGGCACGUAUAUGCCAAAAUGGAGGAGCAUUUUCAAGAGAUGGUUAAAAAUACCUCUGUGCUUGUUCAAGAAUAUAGCCCUCACUUUUCGAAUGGUUACGUGAGACAUGAAUUUAGCUCAACAGACCAGACAUAGACUUACUCACUGCUCUGGCUUUGAGUGCAGGCCAGGGGAUUUUUACAGUCUAAUUACGUGAUGACGUUAUGCACCUCAAAUGUAAACAACAUGUUAAGCACUGACUGUUUCUGAUGCUAUGAUGAUAUUUGGGUGUUUCUUUAACUAUGGGCAUUUGUUUUGUCCCAGGG